UGUGUGUGUGUGUGUGUGUGUGUGUGCUUACACAGACGGGAAUAGCCUACUGCGCCAGAGGAAGUGCGCCGGUUCUCAGUCUGCGCGUCCCGACUUCCUGCUCUGAGGCAGGAGAGAGAAAAGCUGCGGAUCCGCUUUCAGACAGCAGCAGCUCAGCAGCAGCGCAGCAGCAUGGAGCCUCAACACAACACACACACCCCACUUUAAGACACAAACGCACACAUAACGUACGGGCAGACGGACAGAGGAGCAGCGGCCGUCCACAGCUGGAUCACCUGUGUGUCUGGUGUCAUCCCGUCAUGGAGAGCUCCAUCACACUCUGGCAGUUCCUGCUACAGCUGCUACUUGAUCACAGCCACAAACAUCUCAUCUGUUGGACGUCCAACGAUGGCGAGUUCAAGCUGCUCAAGUCAGAGGAGGUGGCCAAACUGUGGGGGCUGCGCAAGAACAAGACCAACAUGAACUACGACAAGCUAAGCAGAGCACUGCGCUAUUACUACGACAAGAACAUCAUCAAGAAGGUCAUCGGCCAGAAGUUCGUCUACAAGUUUGUGUCAUUCCCCGAGAUUCUGAAGAUGGACCCUGCAGUGGUGGAGUCAGGACGGAGUAGCGAAGAAAGCGGAGGUCCAACAUCAGAGGCUGAGACUGAAGAGGAGGGUGGAGGUGGGAGAAACCAGUACCUCCACUCCGGCCUGUACUCCUCCUUCACCGUCAACUCCCUGCAUCACUCCUUAGACCCUCAUCGGCCGAUCAAGACAGAGCCCAGAUCAGAUCGCCAUGACGACAGCUCCUCUGUCAUCCGAUUCAUAACCAACCGUGGCCACUCCUCCCUCCCCUCCACCCCACCUCCAUCCUCUACUGAGACCUUGCAUUCCUCCAGGCCGUCUCCUAGGCAGGCUCGAUCUUCCUCUUGCUCCUCGUCCCCGCCACAAAGCCCUGCCCACAUGCUGUGGAGGGGACGGGGCCCUGGCACAGAGACUGACUACUUAGAGCAGGGCGCUCAACCUCUAAACCUGUCGUCAGGUCAGAGGGAAAGAGAGAGGUCACAGAGUACAACCACUCCAGAAAGGAGAGGUUUAGCCUGCAGUGUACCUUCCAAAACCAGGAAACCCAAAGGUCUAGAAAUUUCCCCUCCCUCCCUCCUCUUGGCAGGAAAUGACCUCGUCUCCAUCGCCCUCAACAGCCCGGCACUGCCUUCAGGGUCCUUGACUCCUGCCUUCCUCACUGCACAGACUCCGUCUGGUCUGUUGCUCACUCCCAGUCCUCUGCUAUCCAACAUCCACUUCUGGUCCAACCUGAGUCCAGUGGGACCUCUCAGCCCCGCCCAGCUGCAGAGUCACACCCCCCUCUUUCAGUUCCCCACCUUGCUGAAUGGACACAUCCCACUGCCUUUGCCCACCAUGGACACUCGUCCACCUUUGCUGAUCUCCUCCAGCUCCCACUAACACCUGAUAACACCUGGAACCAGACUGAGCUUGGCCUAAUCAGGACCAAGCCAAUCAGCCUUAAACUCUGUUGAUGGACCACACAGGGAAUGGGACUUCCCCCUCUGAUAACACUUUGAUCUGAAACCUGUUCCUUUGCAUUUAUAAUAUAAAGAAACAGGAGCUUCACUCCGAAGCUUUGCUCUCCGAGAAGAGUAUUUGCAUUUGACUUUUCUUUCUGUGUUUACUACAGUUUAACUGAUAUAUUAUUGCCCAUAUUCCUGACCUUACGUUUGUUUUUUGUGAUGCGUAAAAAAAUUACACCAUCAUGGCACACAAAAGCUUUAAAAUAGAACUUAAAGAAGGCAAGAAGGAUGAAUCUUUGGAGUUAAGAUUUGUCUGGUGUAUUCUAAAUGUACCUGGUUAAAGAGGGAAAAAAAGGGUCAAAAAAAUUCUUUCAGGGGUAUAGGCUCUUAAAGAUCCCUUUUGAUCUCCAUCAUAUCACCAGCGGGCAACACCAGAUGUCAUCACUUUUUAAUCCCAUUUCACUUCUCAUCUCAUUCCACUUGGUGCAAACAUCAGCGAUACAGGCUGUGUGCAAUUUUAUGAAUGUUAUUGCUACCCCCCACCCCCCCUUUCCUGACUAAUCUCAAUACGCACACCUCUCAGACAAACAAAAGAGACCUGGGGAAAUCUAUGUCAGGAGUUCUCACUUAGCCAGAUGACUUUACCAGUUUAAUAUAGAAUGGCAGAUACUAGACUCAAUCACAGCUUCUUUAAUUAAAUAAAAUGAGAGAACCAGUAAAAGGAGAACAUUUUGCGCAAACGCUAAACAUUUGCUACAUUAAAACAUUACAGGUUGUGUUUAGCUUUUCACUGGUGAAUAGGUAGACUUUUGUCGUUCCUGUGACAGUACAGUAUUGUUUUAGGGGGGAGCGCUGAAUACAGUUGAAAAGUAAAGUUACAAUUCAGUUUCUUUCAUGUAAGACAUGCAGAGGAAACCAAUUUUAAAGAAAGAAAGAAUGCAGUAAGUUAGCUAAGUGCUACUCAGCCUAUGAAAACGGCUAAUGUAGUCUGUGGCUCUGGGGAGGCGUUUUAAAGUGAUACUAAGGAACUUCUGAAAGAAGAAACACAUUAUUCCCUUUUACAGAUAAAAAAAAGUUAAGUAAAACACAUAAGAAAAGAAAUAUACAUAAUUCAAUACACUUACAGGUUUUGCUGUUACAGUCCCUCUUGGUUGGGUAUGACCAGGUGCGUACUAAUGUUGCUAAUGUUAGCAAACUUCAUUAGAAACCAUGUGACACUGACUUUGUGACCAUUCUCAACUUGUUCUACUGUCGAAAUAGGUCUUAGCAUUUAGCAUUACCUAAUGUGGCAGCUGUUUGGCUAAAGGUGUAGUCUUGCUUUAAUGUAUAGUAUAAGAAAAUAACCCUGUUGAUGUCAUUAGGGUUAUCUUGAAUUUGGCACCAAACUUCAAUAGGAAAUCUAGGAUUCAGUGUCUGAGCCAUACUUGAAACUAAAAGUCAGGAGAUCUCCGUGUCUGCUACAUCAGUUUUAAAUGUGUCAAGUCUUUCUAUAGUGAAUUCUUAAAGUGCCAUGCUAAAUUGUGGGAGUGCCAUUUAAAAUGACCAUACCAGGAUGAUAUGACUCUACAGGCUUCAUAGGGCAGUAAUGUAACCUUGUCGUGACAUAUAACAAGUGAUCAAAAUAGUCGAUUAUCAGCUGUCAUUUAUCAACCCCCAAACUGAUCUGUGUCAUGAAAAAAUAUGACAUAAGAGACAUAGAAAGUCUCUCUGUAUCAUUUCUCAAUAACCUGAUAUAAAUUUACCAACUCUGGAUUGUUUGAGUGGGAUGUGCGGCCACGAGAUGAAUUCCUCACCGACUCCUGGCAGAGCACCUGCUAGCUGGAGCGCCAAAACGCUCUGGAAGUCUUCUGUAAUGCUUUGACAAUUAUACUUGACGCUGUGAACCUUUUUGUUUUUCACCUGUAUAGUUUCAUGCUUUUAAAAAAAAAUGCACUGUAGCCUUGUACCAGCUGUGCCUUGUAUAAUGUAAGUAAACUUAUUAAGCUUUAAACCAGGUUUUGAUAGACAUUACAGGUCAAAAUUGCACAAAAAGCUUUUCUUCUUUUUUUUGUAAAAUGACUCCUGGUUAUUUUUUAUACAGAAAUAAUGGAAUUGUAUUCUCAAUGAUUUGCUUGUGUUGUUUUGCUGUUUUGUUGAGAGAAAUGUUAAUGUUUUUUGGAAUAAAAAGAGCAUUGAAUGCUA